AUGAAGUUGGCAGAGUGCAUACCGGUUUGUAUAAUCAUACAGUUAUGUAUCAUAGGGAGUAUAGACUGUGGAAACAUAUUAGUUUGGCACACUGAAGGCAGUCACUGGAUCAACCUCAAGCCUGUAUUGGAGACUCUGACAGACAGAGGACACAAUGUUACAGUACUGGUGCACAGUGCUUCUCUGUACAUGGACCCCACCGAACGCUCUCGCUUCAGCUACCAACUCUUCAAUGUCUCAGUCUCUGUGGAGGCCUUGGAGGAUUGCCUUGAGGAGUUCAUACACUUUUCCAUGUACGAGAUGGACCACCUGUACUACUGGCAGGUCCACUGGAGACUUUAUGAACUUAUACAAAGACAAAUUCAGUUAAACAUGCAGGUUUUGGAUGGACUGUUAAAGUCGGAGAGCAUCAUGGGGAGACUGAGAGAGGCCAAGUAUGACCUUCUGUUAGCUGAUCCCAUUUGGCCCGGCAGUGAGCUGGUGGCAGAGAUGCUGGGACUUCCUCUGGUGUACACCCUGCGUUUCUCUAUCGCCCACACCUGGGAGCGGCUCUGUGGGCAGCUUCCCGCCCCACCAUCCUACGUCCCCGGUGCCAUGGUAAAAUUAACGGACAAAAUGAGCCUUGCUGAGAGACUGCUGAAUUUCCUGUUCUAUGCGUCCCAGGACAUGACAAUAUACAGUCUGUGGCGUGAUAUAGAUGACUACUACAGUGAGGCUAUGGGAAAGCCAACAACAGCUUGUGAGAUGAUAGGCAACGCUGAUCUCUGGCUGAUCCGUACAUACUGGGACUUUGAGUACCCCCGACCUUUCCUCCCAAACUUCAAGUUUGUUGGAGGAAUCCACUGUAAGCCCGCCAAGCUCUUACCAGAGGACCUGCAGGAGUUUGUGCAGAGCUCUGGAGAUCACGGCGUUGUUGUGUUCACUCUGGGGUCCAUGAUCAGGAACAUGACCACAGAGAAGGCGAAUAUGAUCGCCUCAGCCCUGGGACAGAUACCACAGAAGAUUUUGUGGAGGCACAGUGGGGAGAAACCUGAGACUCUGGCUCCCAACACCAGAGUGUACAACUGGAUCCCACAGAAUGACCUGCUGGGCCACCCAAAAACUAGAGCAUUCAUCACCCAUGGUGGAACCAAUGGAAUCUAUGAGGCUAUUUACCACGGGGUCCCCAUGGUGGGAAUUCCUAUGUUUGCUGACCAGCCAGACAAUAUGAUCCAUAUGGAGGCCAAGGGAGCUGCUGUCAUCAUGGACUUCAACUCCAUGCAAACCCAGGACCUUGUGGAUGGACUCAAUGCUGUGAUCAAUAACCCAUCGUACAAGGAGAACGCCAUGAGGCUGUCCAGAAUCCAUCAUGACAGACCGAUCAGUCCUAAGGAUGAGGCAGUGUUCUGGCUGGAGUUCACCAUGAGAAACAGAGGGGCCAGGCACCUGAGGGUCCAGGCCCACCAGCUCACCUGGUACCAGUACCACAGCCUGGACGUGCUGGCACUGCUUCUGGCUGUCCUGCUGCUCCUCACCCUCCUCUUCAUCAAAACAGGCCUCUUCUGCAUCAGGAGUUGCUGUUAUGGAACCAAGUCCAAAACGAAGGCAGAGUGACAGGUUCAGCCAUAGAAAUAGAAUGAAUAGAACGGUCAUCUCUAUUGAAGUUAUUGAUGGCAUAAUGGGUGGACUGGCAGCCAUUGCGAGUGUACACAUAGGAGCAAGAAAUAAAAGCAGGAAGUAAAAACAUCAACAUGUGUUGUGAUUUGUUGAAUCAACUCAAUUGACAUUACAAAAAAUAGUCCAUUGCAUGAGCCACAUCAGUUAGCAUCAUUUGAAUGAAUAUUCUACAUUACCAUG